UUCAGUAAUACAAGUAGGUCCAGUCCUGAGCUGUCUACACCACAGAGCGGCAACGGCAAGCUUCCAGCCAUAGUUUCCUGUUCUCUCUCUAUCGCUCGCUCUCUCCCUCUUUCUCUUAGACGCUCCCUCUUAUUUUGACAGGUGUGUGUGCGUGCGUGUGAAAGCGUGAGUGAGCGCGUGUAACAUAGAAGUGAAAAACAUGGCAGAGCCUAUGUCUCCGGAUUACUUUAGCUGCCCGUUGUGUACGGAACUCCUGAGGGAUCCCGUGGCUAUUCCCUGCGGCCACAGUUUCUGUAUGGACUGUAUUAGCGGAUACUGGAAUGAAGCUGAUUACACGGGUAUCUACAUCUGUCCUCAAUGCCGGAUCACCUUCACUCAGAGACCUGUGUUGAGGCCCAACGCCACUCUUACUAAAGUGGCUGAGAAAAUUAAGAAAACCGGCCUGAGCCUUAACACGCAACCGAUCAGCAACAGCAGUAACAGUUUGGCCGGACCCGCCGACGUGCCGUGCGAUUUCUGCAUCGGGAAAAAACUCAAAGCCGUCAAGUCCUGCCUCAACUGCCUUGCCUCUUACUGCGAGAAGCACCUGAAGCCUCAUUACGAGUCGGCCACUUUCAAGAGGCACAAGCUGGUGGACGAGCUGGGCAAUUUAGACCGGAAAAUCUGCCCCCAGCACCAGAAAACUCUGGAGCUGUUCUGUCGCACCGACCAGAUGUGCAUCUGUGCCAUCUGUACCGUGAGCGAGCACAGAGGACACGACAUCGUCUCAGCCGAAGCAGAGAGGAGCGAGAAACAGAAACUCCUCGGAGUCUCCCAGGCUGAGAUCAAGCAGAAAUGCCAGCUGAGGACCAAAGAACUGGAGGAGCUGAGGACGGCUGUGGAUUCUCUAAAAAGCUCGGCCCAGAGAGCCAUGGCGGAAAGCAAGAAGAUGUUCGACGAGAUGCUUACCUCUAUCGAGAGAAUGAGGUCAGAGGUCACCAAGCUGAUCAACAUCAACGAGAAGGCGGCGUUCAGUCAGGCGGAGGGGCUGAUGGAGCGUCUGGAGCAGGAGAUCGAGGAGCUGAAGAAGAAGGAGACUGGCCUCAAACAACUCUACAGCACUGAGGACCACAUCCAUUUCCUGCAGAAUUUCAACUAUCUCUGCACCCCGACUGAUGAUGGGUUUAUUCCCAAAGUGUCUCUGAACCCAGACUUUUCAUUCGCGGCAGCCAGGAAAGCCGUGGCAGAGAUCAAAGAGAGGCUGGAGGAACUAGGCAGAGAGGAGCUACUGCGAGUCACAAAGUCAGUUAAUGAAGUCCCUGUUUACAUGAUGGAAAACCGUAUGAGAGAGAGGAGCGGACGCGUCAAAGAGGUGACGGUGGAUAGCGUCCACAGCCAAAAAACGGCCCCGGAACCGAAAACCAGGUCCGAGCUCCUAAAAUACUUCUGCCAAGUCAGACUGGACCCCAGCACAGCUUAUAAGGAGCUCUACCUGUCCGAGAGCAACCGGAAGGUCAUCCGGACCAGGGAUAUUCAAAAAUACCCCGACAGCCCGGAACGAUUCGACAGCUUCGCCCAGGUCCUGUGCCGCGAAGCCCUCUCGGGCGGCCGGUUUUACUGGGAGAUCGAGUGGAGCGGGGAGUUCUCCGUCGGCGUAGCCUACAGGAGCAUCAGUCGCAAGGGCAAAGGUUCGCUUUGCCUGCUGGGAUACAACGACAAGUCCUGGAGCCUGCUCUGCUCCGACUCGGGUUACUCCGCGUGGCAUAACAGGGUGGACAAGGCUAUCAAUGCGCCCCACUCUCCCAGGAUAGGGGUUUACCUAGACCACACCGCAGGGGUUCUGGCCUUCUACAGCGUAGGGGAUACCAUGACAUGCCUGCACAAGUUUGAAACCACCUUCACUGAACCCCUUUAUCCAGGCUUUGGCGUGGGUACAUCGGUCAAGAUCUGCCAGGUGAAGUGAACACAGCAAGACCCCCUCCAAUCUGGCCUUUCCUGUUGAUAUAUGUCCACAAUGAAGGAUUUUUUUCCCCAGAUGUAUUUUAUUUUCAUCAUUUUUUUUUAAUACAUGCGUAUAUUUUUAAAACUUUUUUUUUUUAAAAAAUGGUAUAUCUUUGUUUUUUAUUUGAAUAUGUACUCGUGUGACAGGUUUGGAGAAAAGAUCAACUUUUCAUAUUUUAUUGGUUAAAUGUCAUGGCAUUUGAAUAUGGUUUCAUUCAUUAAUGAUAUCAAAAAUCUUUGGCUGACAAUAUUUAGAAUACUACUAAACAUGUACUUAUCCAACCGAAAGUCAUAAUAUGCUAACUGAGCAUGGUUAUGGCCCUGACUAUAAUUGUAAAGGUUUUCAUGAAGAAUGAC